UCAAACACUUCAAACAGUUCAAACUCAUUACUCAAUCAAAACACAAAUGUUAAUGUCAAUAUAUACAACACACAACGCAACGAUUUCAAGAUUUCAUAAAAAAUGUAUAUUUAAGAAAAGAAUCAACUAUUAGCAAUACUGCUAUGACUUCUGAUAUUUAUCAUGAAAAGCAAGUUAGAGAAUUAUGUGCUCUGCAUGCUUUAAAUAAUUUAUUUCAGUCGAAAGAUGCAUUCACAAAAGCAGAAUUAGAUUGUAUUUGUAAUUCAUUAUCACCCGACCAUUGGAUAAAUCCUCAUAAAUCUGUACUUGGUCUUGGGAACUAUGAUAUUAAUGUUAUUAUGAAAGCAUUACAAUCUAGAGGAUGUGAGGCAAUUUGGUUUGAUAAGCGCAAGGACCCUAGUUGUUUAAACUUAGAAAAUAUAAAUGGUUAUAUUCUAAAUGUGCCAACAGAUUACAAAAUAAGUUUUAUUACAUUACCUUUGCGUCGUAGACAUUGGGUUACAAUUAGGGAAAUUGAUGGACUAUAUUAUAAUUUGGAUUCUAAGUUAGACUCUCCUCAAAUUAUUGGACGGGAAACAGAUCUGUUAAGCUAUUUAAGAGAUGAAUUAGACUGCAAAGACAAAGAACUGUUUUUGGUUGUUACUAGUGAAGUUGAGAAGAAUCAAAGUUGGUUAUUGGAUCGAGCUAAUUAUUCAAAUUCUUUAAACUAUAACAGGGAUGUGGAAAUUGUACAAUUGAAAGAUAUAUUAAGUGAAGGUUUUAUAGAUCCCUCUUGCGAAGACAAGCAGUGUAAUCAUUUUUCAUAGUAAAGUGGCCUAGUAAUUUUUAUAAUUUUUCAAUUUUCAAGACUGUUGUUUUUGUUGUCUGCUAUUUUAAUAAUAAAUAUCUGUAUCUGUGUAUUUAUAAGUUAUGAAAUGUUAAAUAUUGUGGCAAAUUAAAAAUAAUACUACGAUUAUUAACGAUAGCAGAUUUUUAAUGUAAUAAAAUAUAGUCAGUGUCGUUUGAAUUAACAACACUUUUGAAAUGUAUGUAGUCUUGACUUUAGUGUGCAUGAUUAUAAACAAAAUUGUGUUCAUUAGCAUAAAAUUUUGAAAUUCAAUGAUGUAAUUAUAUUUUAAGAAAUGUUAACGAAAAAUUGUAUAAUACUUUGAACUGUUUGCAUUUACAAUGUGCAGUUUGAGAAGACAAGAUGAAAAGAUUCUUAAAAUGUGGACGUUUUAUGUUAAACAAGUAUUGUGAUUUUAACAACAUAUACCAAAGCAGGUAGUAUACACCUAUUGAACUCUUUUGCCUUGUUUUCUUACAUUGGUAAACACAGUUGUUAUUUUGACAUUUUUGAAAAAUGAUACACAUACUUAGUUUGAAAUUUUGAACUCUGUAGGCAUGGAAUUCAAAAAGACAGUGCGUAAAUCAAAUUUUCUCUGAAAUUGCAUUUAAUUUUAUCUAUUAUUAGUAAAUAUAUGGAAAGUUAUUUUGGAUGCUUUCAUUGUAUGAACAUUAGUAUUAUGGGUCCAUAUUAUUUUAAUUGAAACACUUUGAAUAAAAAGUAUCUACAGCAUGAUCCUAAUAUUCUUAUGCACGUUUGGAUGAAGGAAUUAUCUAAUACUCCAGACAGUAUCUGUUUCAAAAAGCCAUAU